ACACAACUCCCCCUCUGUGUUUGUGUGUUCGUAUGCUUCCCUGCUUCCUGUCAAUCACCUGGUUAACGUGCAUGUCUGUCAGUCUCAGUCACGGCACGGUGUGUCGGUGACCUGAGUGUCCGUCACGGUGGACUGACAAACGGAGACUACUGAAUCCUGGGAUUGCUCUGGCGAUGGCCGUCAGUAAUGGAAAAGAUCCUGCAGGCCUAUUUGAUGGGUUUAUGGAUACUGUAUCAUUUAUGUAGAGGUCUUUAGGAAUCAUCUGUUGAGGAGUUCGACCCAGAGAAUCAGUCUGACAGAUAGUUGUUGUGAUAUCAGCGCCGACUGAUACUAAUUACUAGAGAUCAGCGGUGAGUUUCCCAAAAACAGAAAGAUCAUAUUGGCAAAAUGGCAUAAAAUCAUCAUUUUUCUAUUGCUUAUGAAUGGAUAUGAUAUUCAUGUUUUUGGCAAAAAACAUCUGUUGAGAUUAGACAUUACAUGAUACAGUAUCAUGGUUUCGCCAAAGCAUCCAAGUGAAGGAAUUGUAUUAAACAUCAAAUGACCUUGACUUGAAAUUGAUGCAGAGUGAAAACGUAAUCUAAAUUACAAAUGACAAAAUGAUAUAUACUGUAUAUAUUUACUCUGAGUAUAUAUCGUGACCUGUGUGUAUGUGUGCACUUACUAAGGUAAUGGUUUAAUAGAAGGAUAAGUUGAUGAUAAGUUUUGCUGUUUUGUUGCGUUAGUUCAAAUACUGUUCCUGCACAAUACCAUAUCCCUUAUCAUUGAUCACUGUAUUGCAAAAGAUGUUGAUAUGAAAUAUCAAGGUAUUAUCUGUUCCUGAAGUGUUACAGUAAUAAUGAAUUAAGUGAUAUUUACCUACAGUAAUAUUUCCCAUAAUACGCAUUAUCCCCCAAAAUGAUCUUACUGAAGAAUUGUUAUGGUUUUGAUGGUUGCCGGUUCUGCUGUUCCAUUUGAGGUGUUUAUUGCUGCACUCCCAACCUCUCACAGUUUCAAACCGCAGCGACUUUCCAAUGUGAGAGUGAAAUGGUGUAAAGAGCUGAAGGAAAAGUGUCCCUUGGGUGCUGGUCCAGGAUCAGCUUGACCUAUUCACAUUCUUACUGAAAUGAUUUAAAUCACACUAGAGAACUGAGCCUGGAUCUGUGCACAGGGGUCACUUGAUUCCAAUCAAAUUAACUGAGCCCAUAAAAGCAGAGAGAGGGGCAUAGGCGUGUAACUCUGAGUUUAUGGAGGUGCAUGGCCUCACUUGAUUCUUGACCCUUGUUCCAUUCUCUCGACAACCUUUUCACCCAAUCGAUUGGUCAAUCGAUAUGGCUUUUUACCUGCUUCUCUAUGCUUAUAAACUCUCUUUUUCCAUAGAGCUCUUGUCAGAUUCAGAAGAAUUGCCCGAUGAUGAGACUGUCCCAGGAGGGCAGUCCGAGCUGACCGGACUAUUUGUAGAGAGGCCAGAGAGCACUACAGUAAUCAAAGGGAAGAACGUCACCUUUGUGGCUAAAGUGGACUCAUCUGACCUGCUGAGGAAGCCCAACAUGAAAUGGCUGAAAGGGAAGUGGCUGGACCUGGGCAGCAAGGCUGGCAAGCACGUGCAGUUUAAAGAGGCCUAUGACAGGAACUCCAAGGUCUACACAUAUGAGAUGAGCAUCAUCAAAGUAGUGGAAGGAGACGCAGGUGGCUACCGUUGUGAGGUCACCUCCAAAGACAAGUGUGACAGCUGUACAUUUGAAGUCACAGUGGAAGCCGUACAAGAGGAGCAGCCCGCCAACAUCCUGGAUGCCUUCAAGCGAUCAGGCAUAAAAGGCGCCAAAAAAGGGGGAGAUGCAGGAGAGGAUGCAGGUGACCUGGACUUCAGUGCCCUCCUCAAAAAAAGGGAAAAAAAGGCGAGGGACGAGCCCAAAGAGGAUGUGGAUGUGUGGGAGAUCCUGAAGGAUGCUAAGCCAUGUGACUAUGAGAAGAUUGCCUUUGACUACGGCAUCACAGACCUCAGGGGCCUGCUCAAGAGACUGAAGAAGAUGAAGAAGGUGGAACCCAAGAAGAGUGAUGCCUUCCUGAAGAAGCUAGAGCAAUGUUACUCUGUGGACAAGGGCAAGAGGACCCAGAUGCAUGUUGAGCUCCAUGACCCCAACGUUCAGGUCAAAUGGCUGAAGAACGGAGUGGAGAUCAAACCCUCUGCCAAGUAUGUGUUUGAGUGCGUGGGCAACAAACGGACACUCACCAUCAACAAGUGCAACCUGUCUGACGAUGCAGCCUAUGAGUGUGUGGUGGGAGAGGAGAAGAGCUUCACUGAAGUCUUUGUCAAAGAGCCCCCGGUCACCAUCACCAAGCUGCUGGACGAUGUGCAUGUAGUGGUGGGAGAGAAGGUGGAGUUUGAGUGUGAGGUGUCAGAGGAAGGAGCCAACGUCAAAUGGAUGAAAGAUGGAGUUGAGCUGACCAAGGAUGGGAAGUACAGGAUAAAGAAGGAUGGGAAGAAACACACUCUGGUCAUCAAUGAAGCAACCAUAGAGGACAUCGGAAUGUACUAUGUUUACACUAAUGGGGGAGAAUCCAAAGGAGAACUGGAAGUGGAAGCCAAGGAGCUGGAGGUUCUGCAGAGUAUAGCUGACCUGUCGGUGAAGGCGUGUGAACAGGCCAUGUUCAAGUGUGAGGUGUCUGAUGAGAAGGUGGUGGGCAAGUGGUUCAAGGACGGUGUGGAGGUCAAACCCGGCAACCGCAUCAAGAUGUCACACAUCGGAAGGAUCCACAAGCUGACGAUUGAUGAUGUGAAGCCGCAGGACGAAGGAAACUACACCUUUGUCCCUGAAGGAUACGCACUCUCCCUCUCCGCUAAGCUCAACUUCAUUGAAAUCAAGAUCGAAUAUGUUCCACGCCAAGACCCUCCCAAAAUCCACCUGGACACCAGUAGCACGGGCAGCAAGAACACCAUUGUUGUGGUGGCUGGCAACAAGCUCCGCCUUGAUGUGGAGAUCACAGGAGAGCCUGUCCCCACUGUGUGCUGGAUGAAAGGAGACACUGUGAUAUCGGAGGCGGAGGGCAGAGUGAGGGUGGAAACCAGGACCACUCUGAGCAGCUUUGUCAUUGAGGGGGCAGAGCGGCCAGACGAAGGCCAGUACUCCAUCAUAGUGACCAACCCAGCCGGAGAGGACAGGGCUGAGCUCACCAUCAAGAUUGUUGAUGUGCCUAACCCUCCAGAGAACGUCAGAUGUAUGGGAGUUGGCGAGGACACAGCCACCAUUACAUGGGAUCCCCCCAAAUUUGACGGGGGAGCGCCCAUCAAAGGCUACCUGAUGGAGAGGAAGAAGCAGGGUUCCUCCAGGUGGACCAAGCUGAACUUUGAGGUGUUUGAGUCAACCACGUACGAGGCUAAGAAGAUGAUUGAGGGUGUUUUUUAUGAGAUGAGAGUGUUUGCUGUCAACGGGAUCGGGAUCUCCCAGCCCAGCGGCAACUCAAAGCCCUUCAUGCCCAUAGCCCCUACCAGUGAGCCCACUCGUCUGACGGUGGAGGAUGUGACAGACAGCACCUGUGCCCUGAAGUGGCGUCCUCCAGAGAGGGUUGGAGCAGGGGGCGUUGACGGGUACAUAAUCGAGUGGUGCAAAGAAGGAGAGGAUAACUGGGUAGAAGCCAAUAAGGAGCCAGUGGACAAGAACACGUACCGUGUGAAGGGGCUGCCAACAGGAGAGAAGCUCUUGUUCAGAGUGGUGGCUAUGAACAUCGCUGGACGCAGCCCCCCCUGCACCAUGAAACAGUCUGUUAUCAUCAGAGAGAUCAUGGAGUACCCAAAGAUCCGCCUGCCUCGCCAGCUAAGAACCAAGUUCAUCAGGAAAGUGGGCGAGAAGAUCAACCUGGUCAUCCCCUUCCAGGGGAAGCCUCGCCCCGUGGUCAACUGGCUGAAAGAUGGUGAGCCCCUGGAGAAUAAGUCGGUGGGCAUCCGCACCAGUGACUUUGACACCAUCCUGUUCAUCCGCUCAGCAGAAAGGGACCACUCUGGGACGUACACCCUGUCUGUCCAGAUAGACAACAUGCAGGACAAGGCUGACAUACACAUCCAGAUCGUAGACAAGCCAGGUCCUCCUAUAAAUGUGAUGGUAACAGAUGUGUGGGGUUUCAAUGCUGCUCUGGAGUGGAAGCCCCCCAAAGACACAGGCAACACUGAUAUCACCGGCUACACCAUCCAGAAGGCUGACAAGAAGACCCAGGGUUGGUUCACAGUGUAUGAGCACAACCGCCGGCCCAACUGCACAGCGUCUGACCUGGUCAUGGGGAACGAGUACUCCUUCCGUGUGUUCAGUGAGAACAUCUGUGGCUUGAGCGAUGAGGUGGCCUUCAGCAAGAACACUGCCAUCAUAGGAAAAACAGAUCUGGAGUACAACAAACCAGCCUUCAAAGAGAAGGACAUGAGCAGCUCCCCCAAGUUUACAGCUCCCCUAGUGGACAGGGUUGUUGUUGCAGGCUACAGUACUGCCAUCAGCUGUGCUGUCCGGGCCUACCCUAAGGCUAAGAUAGUGUGGAUGAAGAACAAGAUGAUCAUUGGGGAGGAUCCUAAAUUCUUGAUGCAGAACAACCAGGGGGUGUUGACCCUGAACAUCAGGAAGCCCGGCCAGUUUGACGGGGGCAAGUACUCCUGUAAGGCCAUCAACGACCUGGGGGAGGACGAGGUGGAGUGCAGGCUGGAAGUCCGAGUCUUAAAGGAGAAGAAAGAAGGAGACGAGGAGAAGAAAUGAGUUACAGUGACCGAUAGAAACACCAGAGGAUACAGUUCUGCAGGAAUCAUAAUGGAUUAUGUAUAACAGGAUAGACGUGAAUAAAUAUGAUUAGAAUAAAAAACUGGUGAUGUUUUCUAAAUAUGCUCUCCCUAUCUCCCCCUUUCUCUCUUUCUUCCUCUCUCUAUCCCUCUCUCUCUUUCUUCCUCUCUCUAUCUCCCCCUUUCUAUCUCCCUCUCUCUAUCUCCCCCUUUCUCUCUUUCUCCCUCUCUCUAUCUCCCUCUCUCUCUCUUUCUUCCUCUCUCUAUCCCUCUCUCUCUCUUUCUUCCUCUCUCUCUCUUUCUUCCUCUCUCUAUCCCUCUCUCUCUCUUUCUUCCUCUCUCUAUCUCUCUCUCUCUUUCUCCCUCUCUCUCUCUUUCUUCCUCUCUCUAUCACUCUCUCUCUCUUUCUUCCUCUCUCUAUCCCUCUCGUUCUCACAUCCUCACCAGUGGCAUGUCAAAUACCAUAUCGGUAAUAACUGAAUGAAUUAUGAUAAUAACAGACCACUACAUUGAGACAAGCUAAUUGAGAGUAGUAAUAUAUUACCUUAAUAAUGGCUGAAUAUUACAGCUCAGAGAUGGAUUCUUCUUAUCUGUGACAUGAACCUGUCAGUGCAACACACAUAAAACAGUCAUUUACCAAA